AUGAAUGCGACGCUUACAACUACAGAAUUGUUCUCCCGACAAUUACAAAGUCGAACAUCGGCAAUCCGAUUCGUAGAAUCUUUUAUGAUGCUUCUUAUCAAUCUAACGUCUUUUGCCGGCAAUCUUCUGCUUGGAAUCGCCGCCAUAAAAAAUCCAUCUCUUGGGAGAUCUGUUACCAAUUUGUACAUCAUAACUCUGGCGUUCUCCGACUUUCUUAUCUCUUUGCUGGGAAUUCCAUUUUCAGUAGCCACUCUCAUUGUUGGGCGAUGGCCGUUCAAUAAUUUUCUUUGUCAGCUUCAGGGUUUUUGGAUUCUCCUUAUGUGUGCAAUUUCCCUCGAAACUCUCGCCGUUACUGCUGUAAACAGGUAUUUUCGAGUUGUGCAUUCUCGUGCGCUCUAUCAAAAAAUUUUCAACGCAAAGAAAAUCAGAGCAACAAUUGCGAUUCUGUGGAUCAUCGCUUUCCUCGCGCCCCUUCCUUACGUCGUUGCCGGACACGAAUUUUCUUUCCAUCCUGCAAAGGCUAUGUGCGCACACAACUCAGAAAGCCUGCUUAAAGGCUACGGAGCCUUCUUGGUCCUCGUGUACGUAGCCGUUCCAUUAAUUUUAAUCAUAGCGUGCUAUACCAGGGUGUUCAUGAAGGUGCGGAAACACAAUUUGAAUUUCAUCUUUCGGCUUCGAAGUAGUUGCAGAUCUGAGCCAUCGACAAACCGGUGCCUAUCAGUGGACGAAGUUAACGUGACUUACACUCUUCUAGUCGUCGUGACAGGUUUUCUAGUUUGCUGGACGCCUGUUGUAGUAAUCGACUUGAUCGACUUUCUUAAUUCAGAUUGGAAACUUAAACGACAAGUGUACGUGAGUUACACUUGUUUCGCCUUCACGAGCGCUUCUCUCAACCCAAUCAUUUAUGGCGUCAUGAAUCGUUCCUUUCGAGUAGAGUACUUGCGCAUCUUGGCGGCCUUCAAGUUCUGGUCUUACCGCCGCAGAGGUAUUCAAGUUGAAAAUCGUAUCAUAAAAGUAAAAGAGGAUGUAACUCUUGAGAUGAGACAGAUAAAGUAA